UUUGACAUGUAGGGUACGUUAGAACUACUAACCUAGAAUUAUUUGAAUUUUUGUUUUGGGGCUUUGUCUAUUUUUGUUGUUAUAAAUUAUGGAAAUCAAUCCGCCUGUUCGAAAUGAAAACAAUGUAUGUCGUACUUGUAUGGAAAAUGGGCCAAGUUUAACGUCUUUAUUCGACAAAAUCUUCAUUGAUAACAAAGAAGAAACGUUAAACUUUUUACUUUUUAAAUGUACUGAAAUUCAGGUUACAGAUGAGGAUGUGUUUCCCAAAAGCAUAUGUAUUAUUUGUUUGGAUAAAUUAACACAAGCAUAUUUAUUUAGAGAACACUGUCAUGGGGUUCAUGAUAAGCUUCAAAAACUCUAUACAACUGCAUGUGAAUAUUCCUUAAAUAAUAGUGUACAGGAGGAGGAAAUAAAUAAUGUUGAUGAGGUGGAGGAAAUAUUAGAUUCCAAUGUGGAGGAUACAUUUGAGGAUAAUUUUGAGGAAGAUGUGGCUGAAGAAAAACCUACUUGUAAUUUCUGCAACAAAGUAUUGACAAAUAAAUAUUCUUUGCAACGGCAUCUUAAAACACAUGUUGAUGAUCCCACUUUAAAAUGCACCAUAUGCUCAAAACGAUUUACCAGAGCUGCAGAUGUUAAACGGCACAUGUCUUUACAUACAAAAAUAAAAGCCUACCAUUGUGUUUUAUGCAAUUUAUCAUUCACUCAGUCUGGAAGCUUGGCUGUACAUAUGAGAAAACAUGAUAAUAUUAAAAGAAAAAUUGUAGUUAAGGAAAAAGUGGAUGGAAAAACACAUCUUUGCUCAAUAUGUGGAAAAUCAUUUAAACAGUCUUCCAGUCUCACAAUACAUUUGAGAAGACAUUUGAAUGAUAAACCAUAUAGAUGUAAAACUUGUUGCAUGAGUUUUGUCUCAAGUGGCCGGCUUACAGCUCAUGUGAGAGUUCACACAGGCGAACGACCAUUCCCGUGUACAAUUUGUGGCAAAAAAUUUGCUCAAUCCUCAGUGGUAGCAAAGCACAUAAAGUCUCACACAGGAGAGCGACCAUUUCAAUGUGAAUUAUGCAAAAAAACAUUUGGCUCCAUGUAUUACCUAAAUAUUCAUAAACGACAACACACUGGGGAGAAACCAUUCAAGUGCAACCACUGUCAUAAAUCAUUUUCGGACCCAAAUAAUUUAAAUCAACACAACAAAGUUCAUAGCGAUGAAAAAGCGUAUUUGUGUAUAAAUUGCGGUAAAAGUUUCAGGAGAAAUGGACAUCUUCAAAGGCAUAUGAAACUGCAUCAAUAAAUAAAUAUAAAAAAAAGAUUUUUAUUGUCUGCUGUAUGAUAAGACUAAAAAUCCUGAUUUAAAGAUUGCCUUCC